AUGAAUUCACCUUACACAGCUGUGCAGUAUUACCCCGAGUUUCCCUUUCGGCGACUCAGGGACCCUUCAGCUCGUCUGUCCUGGAGAGAGGGCUCAUUCCUCACCACCAUGUCCCAGAAUCAGGCAGCACAGACAACUGACUUAUUCAGCCAAGAUGUGUUCAACCAGCUGUUUGAUAUGCUCGACCAAUCUGCUAUUCAUUCAGUUCAGCCCAUCGAGCUGAACUUCAGCGACAGUCCGGCCGACGGUUCGGCAGGAAACACCAUUCAGAUCAGCAUGGACUGCAUAACCAUGCGUGAGCCGGAUGAACCACUUUCUUCACAGUACACAAACCUGGGGCUCCUGAAUGGUAUGGAUCAGAACAUUCAGAACGGCGGCUCGACCUCCACCAGCCCCUACAACAACGACCACGCGCAGAACAACGUGACCGCCCCGUCGCCCUACGCCCAGCCCAGCUCCACCUUCGAUGCCCUUUCCCCAUCACCGGCCAUCCCAUCCAACACAGAUUACGCAGGCCCACACACCUUUGACGUGUCCUUCCAGCAGUCCAGCACAGCAAAGUCUGCCACCUGGACGUAUUCGACCGAACUGAAGAAGUUAUACUGCCAGAUCGCAAAGACAUGUCCCAUUCAGAUCAAAGUCCUCACCACUCCUCCCCAGGGUGCCGUGAUCAGAGCCAUGCCUGUUUACAAAAAAGCUGAACACGUGACCGAGGUGGUGAAACGCUGCCCGAACCACGAGCUCAGCCGCGAAUUCAAUGACGGUCAGAUAGCGCCGCCGAGCCACCUGAUCCGCGUGGAGGGAAACAGCCACGCCCAGUACGUGGAGGACUCCAUCACUGGGAGACAGAGCGUCCUGGUUCCUUAUGAGCCUCCCCAGGUGGGGACCGAAUUCACCACCAUUCUGUACAAUUUCAUGUGCAACUCGAGCUGCGUGGGCGGAAUGAACAGACGCCCGAUUCUCAUCAUCGUCACCCUAGAAACCAGAGACGGUCAGGUUUUAGGGCGCCGUUGCUUCGAAGCCAGGAUCUGCGCCUGCCCGGGUCGCGACCGCAAGGCCGACGAGGACAGCAUCCGCAAGCAGCACGUAACGGACGCCACAAAGAGCAGUGAGGGUACGAAACGCCCCUUCCGACAGGUUUCCCACGGCAUACAGAUGUCCACCAUCAAGAAGAGAAGAUCCACAGAUGAGGAAGUUUUUUGUUUGCCUAUUAAAGGACGUGAAAUCUAUGAGAUUUUGGUAAAAAUCAAAGAGUCGCUGGAACUCAUGCAGUUCCUGCCGCAGCACACAAUAGAGUCAUACAGACAGCAGCAGCAGAACCUCCUGCAGAAACAAACCUCCAUGUCAUCUCAGCCCUCCUUCGGCUCCACCUCGCCCACUCCCGGAAAGGUCAACAAACUGCCCUCUGUCAGCCAGCUCAUCAACCCCCAGCAGCGUAACACGCUCACCCCGUCCAUGUCUGGAGGCCUCACUGACAUGACUCCCAUGAUGGGCACUCACAUCCCCAUGAAUGCCGACAUGAGUUCACUGAGCCCCACACACGCCCUGCAGCCACAGCUGCCCCUGGUGCCCUCCUCCCACUGUACCCCCCCUCCUCCAUACCCCAUGGACAGCAGCAUCUCCAGCUUCCUUAUUCGGUUGGGCUGCGCCGGCUGCUUGGACUACUUCACAGCACAGGGCCUAACCAACAUCUACCAGAUUGAGAACUAUAACAUGGAGGACCUGUCCAGGCUGAAGAUCCCUGCCGAGUUCCAGCACAUCAUCUGGAAGGGCAUCAUGGAGCACCGACAGGCUAUGGAUUUUUCCCCUCCUCCCCACAUAGUGCGCACCACCGGCAGCGCCUCCACCGUCAGCGUGGGCUCCUCCGAGGCGCGGGGCGAGCGCGUCAUCGACGCCGUGCGCUUCACCCUGCGCCAGACCAUCUCCUUCCCGCCCCGCGACGAGUGGUCCGACUUCUCCUUCGACCUGGAUUCGCGCCGCAACAAACAGCAGCGCAUCAAGGAGGAGGGAGAGUAA